AUGACUUGCCAAGGCUUGACUAACAGAAGUCCGGGAGUCAGGAGAGAGCAGGAUACAGCAGAAGCAUCGAGUGUCAGAAACAAAGCAAAGUCGAGUUAAAAAGAGAAAGAGAGGUCAAGAAGAAAAUGCAGACCAAAAGGAAAGAGCACGAAUCGGAAUGGUUUCUAAAUGUAAUAGGACAUGUCUUGUUCACAUCAGUCUUUCUGGUUUCAACAUCAGGGAGAGGCCUUGAAGGACUGCAAAAGCCCAAGAAUGUGUAUGUAAAUUCGACCAACAUGAGGCACAUCCUGAGGUGGAGUCCUGUCAGAGUUCCUCUGGGGGAGGUCAGCUACUCGGUGCAAUUCCAAGGAGAGUUUGAGCGAAACCACAGGAAGACCUGGGUGGCAAUCACAGAAUGUUCCAGCAUCAAGGAAACGUGGUGUGACGUCACAGCAGAUGUAUCGUCAGAUGUUGACUACAAUUUGAAGGUUCGGUCAGAGCUUGGGAAUGUCACUUCCAAGUGGGAAACUCUCAGUGAACUCUUCAAUCGGAAAGAGACCAACCUGACAGCACCAAGGUUGACUGUUGAAGAGAGUGGUAGCUUGGUUACACUGGAUGUCAGUGAAGUAAAGAAGAACAUCAAAGCUCGUAUUUAUUACUGGGAGAAAGGAGUGGAGCAGCAGGUUAUGAAUAUUUUCAUGGACCAAAGUCAGAGACCUUACUACCUCCCUGUGCAGAAGGGAGUCACAUACUGUUUCCAAGCACAAAUCUGUAUCUUAGAAUACAACAAGUCCAGCUCCUUCAGUGACAUCGUCUGUGAGGCAGUCAGUGACGAUAUCACAUCCAACAGCAACGUGGUGACAGUUGCCACAGUGUUACUUCUUGGAGUGUGUUUUUUAGUGACCUCAUUGUUUUGCAUAGUGAAAUUCUGCUGUUGGACUCGACAUGUAUUUUUUCCCAAAGUUUCAGCACCUAACUUUCCAAAUCUUGAAAACCUUCAAGCAGUUGUCCUGAAAGCAGAGGACUACAGCCAGGAAUCUUGUGAUGCUGUUGAGGUCCGGUAUCAGUCAGAGGCAUUGCUCUGUGUACAUCAAGCACUGACUGCACAGGAAAAGAUAAACAACAGCACGGACAUGGACAGCUGGCCAAUAAACUCCGUCUCAUAUGGGAAUGUUUCCCAAUCCCAAUGGCCAAUGCAGAUUACAUAUCAGAGACGAUACCAAUCUCAAAUGAAUUUGGAGCAUGCUAAAUUAAGCCAUGAGAAAAUUACACUGCAGAUGUUAGCAGAGUCUGAUCUAAGAUGAUGAACAGGACUUCAGGAUGUUCAGUUGGUUGAAUUGGAUCACAAGCUGCUAUAGAUUCCUACUCCUGACAUCCAAAUGUCUCUACAGGAGUAUGAUACACUGACACCUUCUCCAUCCCCUCUCCAUCCAUUGUUCAACCUGGCCCAGAAGGUUAUGCUUACUGUAUAUGCCAUUGCUGGACUUGCAUAUUCAACAGUGCACUGACUUUGUUUCAGCGUAAAUAAGAUGACUGAACUUCUUCAGUGCACCACCUCGAAAACCCAAACUCUGUUUGUGGUAUUGGGAACUCUGAGACUUGGAAGAAAGAGUCUGUGAGAAAUAGAUUUAGUAUGUGACGUUAUUCCCUCGGCCCUGUGCUUUUUUAUCUCAGGAAGUGGUCCAUUUGUCAUAGGUACCCUGAUACACAAUUGUAGGCAAAGUAGCUGAAUCUGAGUUUGCCCAGUAGAUUUUUAAACAUCCUCUCGCCCAACACCAACCCAAUAUGAAUCCCUCUCCAGCUGAAUUUAACCCAAUAACGUGCCUUUGGAAAAUACUGCACCAAGUGGUCAGACCUGGGAUACACUGGUUUGUAUGGCUUGGUAGCACCUCACCUGAAGUGUUCAAUCAUUGGCUGUACAUCUGCAACUUUCCAAAUGAUGAUCACAGAAACAGGACAUUCAGAUGCUUGAAGCCUUUUCUGUUACCUAGUUAGAUCAUGUUUGAUCUAUAUCUUAGCUCUGUGUAACCACCUUGCUUCUGUCUAUCAUAAUAACACUAUAUAACAAAUCAGUCCAGUUUUGAAGUUUACCUUGUUUUGCCUCAACAAUUUCCCAGGGGAAAGGACAGCAUUCCAGAAUUCCACUGCCUGUUUGUCAUGAAAUACUUCUGAACCACCCUGAAGGAAAUGGAGCUAUUUUAAAGUUAAUGUUAUGUUAUGUAUUGUUCUGUGUUCUACCAUUAGGGAAAUCAUUUCUCCCUAGUAGUCCUUCAAUCAUCUUACAUACCUGAAUCAGAUCACCUCAGACUGAAGGAAAUACAAACCUAGUCAAUGUUCCCCUUGUCCUAAUAUAACUUUGUUAAACUACAUCAGAUUUGUGAUAAUUCCUCAAACAAUCCAGCCUGGCAUUAAUGUUUGGCUCAAGCCUCCUCCAGUUUUUCUUUGUCUAAAUCUUCAGUGCAAUCCUCUAUUCUCUUCUACCUCUUGUGCUUGUCUAACCUUGCCUUGAACACAUGACUUCAACCACUCCCUGGGGUGGCAAUUCCCACAACCUCACCAGUCUUUGAGUAAAAUAGCUUCUUCUGAAUUCCCUGUUGGAUUCCUUGCUCCCUUCUAGCUUCAGUGGUAAUAAGUGAGGCAACAGCCUUGAACAGUUAGAAGACAGAUGAUGAGACCACACCCAGUAUAGCAGGACCCAAUACCCUGACAAGAAAACAACAAAACUCUACAUAUUGAAGGACUCUAAAGCAAAGUCACUUUGGUCAGAACUCUUGCAUCUCUCAGUUCCUAAGUCAGUGAAGUAACCUGGUUUGUAUACUAGUAGCAAACUUAACAACCUUGAAUUCAACUCAGGCAAGUGUUUUCUUGUCUGAAGACUCCCAUAUUGAAAGAAUUUGGGCACUAAAUCCAAUUUCUAACAUGUAUUGUCCCUAAUUUAGUGUUACAUGGCAAUAAGGUGCCACAGGACAUCUGGUGAGAGACACAAAAAGUGUCCCAGAGAUAAUUCUUCAUCUCAUGACUCACCAAAUUGAUUCAUUUCCUUGCAUGUAAUUCUCAUGUUUCUUUAAAAAAAUAGAAACUGCUUUUAUUUAAAAAUAAUAGAACAUAGAACAGCGCAACAACAGGCCCUUCAGCCCACAAUGUCUGUGCCAAACACAAUGCCAAAUUAAGCUAAAUCUCUUCUGCCUGCACAUGAUCCAUAUCCCUCCAUUCCCUGCAUAUUCAUGUGCCUAUCUAAAAGCCUAUUAAAUACCACCAUUGUAUCUGCCUCCACCACUACCCCUGGCAACCCCUUCCAGGCACCUACCACUGCGUAAAAAAACUUACCCUGCACAUCUCCUUUAAACUUUCCCCCUCUCACCUUAAAUGCAUUUCCUCUAGUAUUUAACAUUUCUACCCUGGAAAAAAGAUUCUGACUGUCUGCCCUAUCUAUGCCUCUCAUAAUUUCAUAAACUUCUAUCAAGCCCCCCGUUAUCCUCCACUGCUCCAGAGAAACACCCUGAUGUUUUAAACAAGGGGUUAGGUUAGUGACUGUGUUCCUGCUGUGGGAUCCUAGUGACCUCAUUCGUGUUUUGCAGCCGCAGGUCUCCCAAAUUCCUGGAGGCUUCGUAUUCCUGGCGGCUGAUCCGUGAGGUGGAGUGGUCCAAGAGUGGCCGCGGGGUCCCAAGGCCAUAGCCCCAGACCACGCUAAUUGUCUUUGCAGCUUGUGUCUACACCUCUUUUGGUCAAUAUCUUCAAUGACUGGAGACAGGCACAAACUGGUGGACUACAUAGAGAUAAUUCAAAAAGAACAAAAAUUAUUUAAAAAUUAGUUUCAUUUCAUAUUUAUUAAUUAAAAUAUUUAAAUUAAUAUUUUAAAAAGGAAAAGAAAAGAAAAAUUAAGCUUCACUGCAGAGUUACAGCAGACAUCAGCAAGGUCCUUGAUGUUCUGACUGAAAUCAAGGUUAGGUCUGCACAGACUGGGGUUUGAACCAGACCUCAUACAUUCAUUGAGUUAUACACUUGCCUGUUUAACAAUGUUGGAGAAUGGACACGCCAGCUACUGUUGGAGUAAAGCUGGGGGCUGAGGUACAAACUGUAUCUGAACACUAAACUCAAUGCCAUCAGGAAAUGCUGCUGGGUCCAGUGCUGGGUCAGGGGACAGAGUGGGUGGUCAAAUGAGCUCAGCACCCUGCACUGCAGUACAAGUUGUUGUCUCAGUCGUCUAUCCAGCGGUAAAAUCGAUGUGAUUUGUCUCAGUAUUUUUCAGAUUUUCUGUGUCUGCCAAUGCAGUUUACACGUUACUAAAAACACAAGCAGGUCAGGCAGCAUUUGUGGAAAGAGAAACAGAGUUAAUAUUUCAGGUUGGAGACCCUUCAUCAGAACUAGGAAAGAGAGAUAAUAAAUGUAAUUUUAAUUUGCAGAGAAGGUGGAGGGAUGGAUGGAUGCAAUAAAAGGAAUAUGUAUUAAUAUUUUGUUCUGACUUGCUUCCACUGCCAGUGUUUUAUGACGUCCCAUAUCCCCCACAGCAUAUCACCUCUGUCUCACCUUAAGCUUACUUUCUAGAUUGAGGAUUUUGAUCCACAACCAAGCUUCAUCACACAUUGUCUAUUAGUUGAAGGCCUAAGUUCAUCUGCUGGCUGUAUCUCUCUCCCAUCCUGAAAGGCCAGUUCAUAAAUCUAUGAACUAUGUCCACAUGGACCAGAAAGAUCAAGGUGACCACUCUUUCUUUAGGAACGUGGUUCCCCUCACCUUGGAAAGAAAACACAGACUACCUCAUCAUAUCAAGAACAGGCCUGGGCCACUCUUAUGUCAGCACUACCUCCAAUUUUCCAUUAUUAUUUAUCCAUUGUUAUUUAUUGUUUUCAGACCCCCUCUCCGACAGUACAGUUUGAAGUCAGUGGAGUUGGGGUGGCUUUCCUGAUCUUAUUUGCUCACUGACAAAUCUUGUUUCUACAGAGAUCUUGCAAGUAGUUGUCACAAAGCUCUUGAUGUUGGCUUUUUCAUUUUGUUUAGAAUUACAACUG